UUAGUUUUCAUAAAAUUGUAAAAUUAAAUUUGCAUUAUAUCUUGCAAUAAAUAAUGCGCUGUGUGUUAUUAUGUGUUGUUUUGUGCGUUCUAGGGAGCGAAGGACAAAGCACCAAAGAAUAUGAAGUAAAGAGUGGAACAUUCCCUUACAUGGCAAUAGCUUAUUACACGGAUGACACGAUAUUGGAAGACGGUAGGCGUUUCAUCCGGAAUGCGAUCCUGAUUCGUCCCGAUUGGCUCGUGUCUGUGAACAUUGAAGUCCACGACAACACCACCUUCCCCCGCAAGACCCUGGUGGCCAGAGCCGGUGCUGACAGUGUCGAUGCCAACUUCACCCUGUACGAGGAAGAGAUGGAGCAAGACCGCGAGAUAAUUCAAGUGGUGCAGUCAAAGGAGAAGAUGGGCUCUUGGGGCGACACUUUCCUGGCACUCCUGAAGACCAUGGUACCGUUCAACACCACCUCGAUGGUGGCACCAGCUGCUUUGCCAGAAAAAAUACAAGACCUCUCAGGAAAAUCUUGCUUCAUCGUUGUAUUUGGGUACUCUAACAGCUCUGUAGAUCAAAUCCUCAUGAAGUGGACCAUUGAAAUCCUGCAGCGAGACUCGUGCAAGACGAAUGACAGCAACGUCAUCUGUUCUAGCUACAACACAAGCGAAGCAGACCUCGGCCUGUGCCCGAGAAACAGAGGUGGACCGUUGGUUUGUGAGGAAACAGUCGUCGGUGUUCAAAGUUAUCUAAGUGGUUGCCAGCAACCUCAUUUACAUGUCGCGGUGGCCAGCCGGGGUUUCAUAGAGUGUGGCAUACAAGAACAGUGUCAGGCUAGUCCAUGCAGCAACAUGUGCUCUGCUUACGACAAGGAUUCACCAAUGACCGUCGGUGCACGCAGAACCGAUGCGAUGACCGUCGCAACCACUGUAACUACCACCGACCCGACCGACACCGAAACACUCAAUAUUGAGGCAGUCGAAAAUAAAACAUCAGUUCCAGUUAACGAAUCAUUCGCAUUCUUAAAGGAGGAGAUAAAAGAAACGAGUGAUAUAAUCGCUAAUCUCGGUAACGUCGAUAUCGCCAACCUGACGAGCCCGUACACCCAAGUCAAUUUAACGAGUGAACCCGAAAUUACGCCUUCGGUGCCGACAAGAACGGCUGUUUUGAGGAUGGGAGACAAUGAUAUAAAAAUAAACUUCCCCAAAAAAACAAAAACAGCAAUCGCUCGCACGAGUAGCCGGGCCACGAUGUGCGUUGAAGGGUUUAGUGUCACCCUUGCAACUAUCGUUUCUUUCACUCUUCUGUAACGUAUUUUAUUUCAAUAAAUUUCUAUUAGGUAUUC